AUGAAGAGCUUCUUCCGUGUCGCAGCCUUUGGAGCUGGCGCUUCGGCAGCCAUUAUCGCCCGCGAUCAGUGCUGCUUCUCACUCUCCGUCUCAGGAGGCGUUACCGGUGACGUUGGCCAGCUCUCCGACGGACAGAAUCGGAUUGGCGGUGGCCUGUCGGCAGCCACCUAUUGCAUCAACGACGGCGGCAUCACAGACUCGCAGGCACGAUUCCACCUCACGAUCGGAGACUUAUCGCAGCUGACAUUCGCCUGUGGUUUAGGGGCGUGGAUGUAUCUUGACUCCACCGACAACCCAAUUCCAGGUGCUACGCCAACUACUGGCUUCGUUAUCUCUACUGCAUUCGGCGAGCUCUCGUACAACGGAAACGGCACCUUCUUCGCUUGCCCAGCUUUCACUGGCGUCUACAACAUUUACACGAGCGCAGUUCCCUACCAAGCAGGGUGCGUUGGAAUCGAACUUGCCACUGGUGGGCAGUGUGCUGGCAUAUUCAAGUCAUCCUCGUCUUCAUCCUCGCCUCCAUCUCCAUCCACAGCGCCGCCAGCUUCUACAAGCUCGCCCUCGCCAGCGACAGUCACGGCGACCUCGUGGAGCACCCAGCCAGCUACGGCAGUCACCGUCACUGCUGAGUGCGAGACGACCUCAGUGGCUGCUCCUCCACCACCUGCAACAACUGUUGUGACUACAACAACGUAUGAGAUUAGCACGCGGGUACCAUCUACCUGGACGACCAGCUCCGCAUCACCGCCGCCACCACCACCAACUCAGCCCACUGGCUCUUCCUGCCCAACAGCUCUCACGGGGGCAUAUCAGACUCCUCAUCUCAUCGUGCCAGUCUCAUCCGAGCAGCCAGACCAAGCCUACGGUACUCAGUACAACGCCACGAUCACGACAUCAGAGUGCACCAUCUAUGGCGGACAGUCUUGUAGCGUCAUCUUCCUCUUCCCUGAGCAAUCCCAGCUCCAAACCUCCAGCUUCGACUUCAACGGCGAGGGCGAUCUUGUCUUCACCAGCCUUUCUUCUCCAGCCAACCAACAGACCACCUGGAACAAUGCUCCUACUCAAGGUUCAGUCCUCGCCACGAUUGCUCCUCAGCCUGGAAACAGUUACUCUGUCAGCACUGGCUCUUGUGCUCCUGGCACUACUCAAAGCAUUGAAGUCUGCGGCACCAACGGCCUCAGCCUUAGCUUCUUCGAGGACUACAACCCAUCGCCUAUUGGCGUCUUCAUCACUUCUCGUCAAACGCCAUUAUCUGGAAGCUGA